AUGCAUCUAAUAAAGAUAAGUGAUGAUUUUCAUGUAGAAGUUCGUGUAUUGCAAACUAAGCUAAACGAAAAAGAUGCCGACGUAUCAUCGUUGAUUGCGGAGAUAAAAAGCCUUCGCAGCAUUGUUGACAACUCCGCCGGCUCUCUGCAUGGGACUAAUGUUACUGCUGCUCAUGCUGAACAGUGUUUACCUACACCAACAGAAACUCCCUCAUCUGCUCCGUCUACUAAGUGCACGGUAUCGAAUGCUGCUCUGCCCCCCAAUGGGUCUGCUAAGCGCAUGGCGCUCUAUACCAAUGUUACCUAUGCUGCUGCUGCCGGUACUAACUCAAUUAAAGCUAAUGUUAACAGCUCUGUUAUGACUGCUGCUGGCGCUGUUGUUGAUGCCGACGUGGAUGUUAAUUCUUUGAAUGCUGAUAUUGAUGUUGUGCCUGAUGCUGGUUCAGAGCCUGCGGUUUUUUCUGGCUCGAAUGGUUGGAAAACUGUGCCUCAUAAGACGAAAACUCCGAAACGUAAACAGGUUGUGUCGCCAAUGUCUCUGGUAGACCAAGUUGUUCUAACGCAACAACAAAGCACUAGCUUAGCAACAAGCACAGUAACAACGGUGAGCGCAGCUCUCACAACAACGACGUCAACCACGCCUUCAGCAAGAACAGCGGUUUCACAACGCAGUUCACCCACACCCGCACAAACCAGUCCAAGUCAAGCAUCGCAGCGCAGCUCGCCAAUGUCUCUGGUAGACCAAGUUGUUCUAACGCAACAAAAAAGCACUAGCUUAGCAACAAGCACAGUAACAACGGUGAGCGCAGCUCUCACAACAACGACGUCAACCACGCCUUCAGCAAGAACAGCGGUUUCACAACGCAGUUCACCCACACCCGCACAAACCAGUCCAAGUCAAGCAACGCAGCGCAGCGCAAGUUGA